AUGGUGGUGGUUGCUGAUGGAAAAGUAUUGAUAUUGGAUGUCCAGGUGACCUCUGAUAGUCAUGUAACAUCUCUCGGCAGCAAAUUUAUGGAUAAGGUUGCAUAUUAUGACCAACCAGAUCUGAAGGAAAAGGUCUUGGCAUUUGUGAACGACAAGAUCUUCCAGGCAGUCCCUCUCACCGGGAGCAGCAAUGUAACCGUCGCAGGGGUGAUCUGGUCCUGGCGGGGAGCAUUUUCCAAAGAUACCCACAAGAUACUUUCCGUGCUGGGAAUUAAGAAGUGCCACAUACGGCUGUUGACUGCGCUUUUAAUGGAGCUCAAUUGUGAGAUUCUGCGUAAAAACUGUGGAAGAGUACCCGGGGCCUCUGUCACGGGAGCUGCGAAUUUAAACAGUGUUGAAACUGGGUUCUCAUGCCCAACGUGCAGUCGAUCCUUUCCUUCCAGGAUUGGGUUGAGUGCUCAUCGGAGGCAGUCCUUGCUUUGCAAGGCUGCAUUUCAUGCUGAGACGGCAGUCUGUGCAAACUCGAGAACUAGAGCACGAUGGACUGAUGAGGAAGUUAACGUUUUGGCAAGAAUUGAAAUGAGUUUGAACCAACAUGGGGUUAAACUCACUAAUGCUCGAGUGUUGGCCGAAUAUGCAAAGAUGAACGCAAAUCGGUCAUUAGAUUCUAUCAAGGGUAUGCGCAGAUCUGAGCGCUACCAAGAGAGGCUUAGUGCCCUCAUUAUGGAGAACAACUCAAAUGAACAGCAGCAAGAGCAAGACUCUGAACUGGCUCAGAACGAUACAACUGUUGCAGAAUGGGCUGAAAUACAGCUCACUAUACCUGAUCUGCCAACAAACCUGAUUGAACUCCUUAGGGCCUUACAAUCAUGUGACACUAGAAAAGCCAUGGAGUUGGUGGAUAAGGUCAUGAUUCUUUGGAGCAAACAGCUCCCAGCCAAUGAAGUGGGUGAGAAAUCAAAGGUUCCACCACAACCUCUUUCCAACAGGAGGAGGAAGGUGUUGGAGAGACGCCAGCAGUAUCGGCGUAUGCAAUUAAUGUAUAAACGCUCAAGAACACUGGCUGCCAACCAGUGUCUGUCUGGUGAGUGGAGAGAGGGUGCAUCAGGUUUUCCCACUGAGGCUUUGAAAGCCUACUGGUGUGCAAACUUUGAUGCACCUGUCAAAGGUGAUGAGCGUCCAGCUCAAAUUGGGCGCACCAACAUCUCUCUUGUGGAACCUUUCACGGCUGACGAAGUGAAAAGAAUCUUGGCUGACUCAACUCCAACAGCUCCUGGGCUUGAUGGUGUCAAACUGGCAGAUCUGAGACGGGUGGCAGAAAAGUUGGAUGAAAUGUUGAGCAAUCUGAAAACUGCACCUUUGAAACCACAGCAGAGACUAUACAUACUGCGACACCAUCUGAUCCCUAAGCUUCUUCACCAACUUGUACUCUCACCUCAAACCAGUGGUCGGCUGAAGAUUAUUGAUUGUAAGAUUCGUGGAGCAGUAAGAGGCUGGCUCACUCUUCCUCGUGAUACCCCGAUUGGGUUCUUUUAUGCUAGCUAUCAGGAUGGUGGUCUAAGCAUCAGUUGCCUUCGGAAUCUCAUUCCCUGCUUACAGGUCAGCAGGUUUGAGAAAUUGAAAGACGUAAACGAGCCCGACAUUCAGGCUGUCUUGAAUCACACCCACAUGAGAUCUUUCAUUUGCAAAGCACGA